AAAAGAAUUAAUAAAAUUUAUAAUAAAUAUGGAUAAUAUAACGAAAUUUAAUAAAUAUGAAUAUUUAUCUGGAUGUAUAUGUACAAGUUGUGAAAAAGUUAAUUUAUUAAAUAUGCUGCAGGAUGUAAAACCAUUUUAUAUUCAUGAAACUGUCUUGGGACAAUGUUUCUUCAAGUGUUUUUGUAAAGAAAUUUGCAAUACAGAAAAGAAACUUGAUAUGUGUGGUCAUGUUGUAAAUAAAAAAAUUGGGAGAAAUCUUCAAGACAAAGAUAUUCCAGCUUUAUUAAUUUUUUUGAAAAAGAAUCAGGACAUUACUCACCUUAAUUUGGCCAAUAAUAAUAUUUCAAAUCCUGGAUUUAUAAAUUUGAUCGAUCAUUUUCUUGUAAGAUGAAGUAUCUUUAAAAAAGAAUUAUUAUAAUAUUAAAAAUAUUUUGAAAAAUUUUCUAACAUUAGCAGUA